CCCGCGGUCUGACAGCGGUGAGCGAGAGAGUGUCCGCGUUACUCUCAUCAGCUGCGGUUCCUGAACGUCUACACCCGGCGUGAUUCAUGAUCAAGCAUUCAGGUUAGGAAGGAGUUCAUUUUUCACACUCAUCAUGGCCUCUAUCUCGGAGUUUUACGCGGGGAAGAACGUUCUGAUCACGGGUGCGACGGGCUUCAUGGGGAAGGUGCUGAUGGAGAAACUUCUGCGCUCCUGCCCGGACAUUAAUGCCAUUUACAUUCUCGCACGGUCGAAGGCGGGCCAAUCCACGCAAGAGCGCGUUCAAGACAUGAUGAAGUGUAAGUUGUUUGAUCGCGUGCGUGAAGAUCAUCCAGACUUUCACGAGAAGAUCAUUCCCAUCAGCAGUGAGCUCACGCAGCCGGCGUUGGCCAUCAGUCCAGAGGACAUACAGAAACUCACUUCCUGUAUCAACAUCAUCUUCCACUGUGCCGCCACCAUCCGCUUCGACGAACCGCUCAAGCAUGCGUUGCAGCUGAACGUCAUCGCCACGCAGCAGCUCCUCUCUCUGGCGAAGCAGAUGCAGCACCUACAGGCGUUCAUCCACAUCUCCACCGCAUAUGCCAACUGCAACCGCAGACAUAUCGAUGAGGUCGUCUACCCGCCACCCGUUGAGCCCAAGAAACUCAUUGACUCGCUAGAAUGGAUGGAUGAUAGCAUUGUCAAUGACAUCACACCGCGACUAAUAGGUGACCGACCCAACACGUACACAUACACCAAGGCGCUGGCGGAGAGUGUGGUGCAGCAGGAGAGCGGCAAACUCAACAUUGGCAUUAUCAGACCGUCCAUCGUAGGUGCCAGCUGGCAGGAGCCCUUCCCAGGCUGGAUAGACAACUUCAAUGGACCAAGUGGCAUCUUCAUUGCUGCAGGGAAGGGAAUUCUGCGAACCAUGAGAGCUAGUAAUGACGCUGUGGCGGAUCUAAUUCCUGUGGACAUGGUUAUAAACCUGACGCUGGCUGCUGGGUGGUAUACCGCGGUACACAGACCAAAAACUGUACUAGUGUACAACUGCACAACAGGCGGCAUUAACCCCUUCCACUGGGGAGAAAUUGAGCAUCACGUGAUGUCCACAUUCAAAAGGAAUCCUCUGGAACAGGCCUUCCGUCGGCCCAACGCCAACAUCACCUCCAAUUACCUGAUCAACCAAUACUGGAUCCUCGUUAGUCACAAGUUUCCUGCCCUCAUCUAUGACUUCUUCCUGCGACUGUCUGGACAGAAACCACAAAUGAUGCGUAUUUUCAACCGGCUGCACAAAGCCAUCGGUCUGCUGGAAUACUUCAGCAGUCAGGAUUGGGAGUGGAACUCUGACAAUAUCACGAUGCUGAUGAGUCAAUUGAGUCCAGAGGACAGGAGGACCUUCAGCUUUGACGUUCGUCAUCUGAACUGGCCAGAGUACAUCGAAAAUUACUGUAUAGGCACCAAGAAGUACGUUCUGAACGAAGACAUGUCCGACAUUCCUGCCGCCAGACAACACUUGAGGAAGCUGAGAAACAUCCGAUACACAUUUAACACAGCGUUGCUGGUGUUUAUCUGGCGAGUCUUCAUCGCACGCUCGCAGAUGGCACGAAACAUCUGGUACUUCGUUGUGAGUUUGUGCUUCAAGUUCCUGUCGUACUUCAGAGCGUCGAGCACGCUGACACAAUGACCCCAGACCACAGGAAGUGUGUACCGUCCUCUGGGUACAAGAGAGGCGUCUUCAGCCAAUGACACACACUCGAUCCACACUGAUGCUUCUUUAGCUUUCCUCCCCGGACGCUUGUCCAACCCAACCCCUUAACGCCGUCUUGAUGACGCGUCCACUAUUUUUUAAAGGUGUCCUCUUUUAUAACGACUGUCCUUAAAACCAGUUAUAUAUGCAACCGCGUUUUCCAGUGUUUCUUCACGUUUAAUCGCCAUCCAAAAUCUGGAGAUGUUGCCUUUUUGAGACUUCUGAUGACGUUAGCCUUCUUAUAUACAGACAGCGUUCCAUCAUUGGAUGUUUUUUUACCUGGAGCUUAAACGAGUGUACUUUGAGGCUAUCCAUGAUUUACCACUAAAAAGCUUUGGCGAUUUGGCGUGUGUUUGUCCGUUCUAAUGUGUCCUCUGUUCUAAUGCCAUUUAAUCAAGCCACAAAACUCUUUUACUACAGUGUCAUGUGGCACAACAGUCAAUAGUUAGACAUUUUGGUUCUGGUUUAUUUUUGUUUUGUUUUGCUUUCUACAUUUAAAGGGAAGGACGAGUAAAACUGCAAAGUAUCUGAUGCUUAUAUAACAUGCCACUUUUUUUAUGUGUUGUCGCUAUGAGUUACUACAACUAUAUGACCUUCAACCUGAAGUUACAUUUUUUUUAUUAUUGCAUAAAGAAAAUAAAAACUUAAUGACCAUUACUAUUUUUUCUUAAUCAUAAAAAUAGAUUCCUUCACUCAAAAAUAUAUUUUAAAUUUUACGCAUUUAAAUUUCAUAACAAAAUUCCAUCAAAUUAAAUUGAGUACCGGUAAACUUUAACAAAUAACGAAAUAAAUAAAAGCUCUAAAUAUUUAGUUUUAUUAAUAAAGUUGUGUUACAAAUUUCA